AUGCCAUGCCAUGAAAGAGCCCAAUCCAACUCACAACCAAUGUCGAUCUCAACACAGCCCGACCCCGUCACACACGAGACCAUCAGACAACAAAAACAAGCAAAGGAGAAGAAAAAAACCUACUCCAAACCCCAACCCGCUCAACGCCCUCGCCCAUCACCUCCCUAUGCUCCCCAUACAGCGCUUCCCUCACAGCGAGCAACUCAGAUUGAUGCCGCCAUGGCGUAA